AACCAGCAAAACCACGAGCGGUAUGCUGUCUAAUCUGAGGCGCCGUUGGAUCUUUGAGCGAAAAAGCGAAAAACAAAACUCUCCAGGGACAAUCAAUGAAGAGGAAGCCGUAUUGACGCGUGCUUCCUCCCAAAAAAACAAGCGCGAUCAGUCUCUCUCUUUCUUUCUCUCCGUUUAAGCCCCCUAUGCUAAAGUUAUAAAUAACUCUGAGCUCCUACUCUGGACAUCGAAGUGAUUCGGAUUGUUCAGGAAAUACAGAUCUUUACCUUGUUCGUCUCUGUUGAAGCGAAAUGGCUACUGCUGGUCAGGUGAUCCGAUGCAAAGCUGCUGUUGCAUGGGAGGCAGGCAAGCCGUUGGUGAUGGAAGAGGUGGAGGUUGCUCCGCCUCAGGCCAUGGAAGUUAGAGUGAAGAUCCUCUUUACCUCUCUAUGUCACACUGACGUUUUCUUCUGGGACUGCAAGACCCAGAAGCCUUUGUUCCCUAGGAUCCUUGGACACGAGGCCGGAGGGAUUGUCGAGAGUGUUGGUCAAGGUGUGACAGAGCUUAAGCCUGGUGAUCAUGUUCUCCCUGUCUUCACCGGUGAAUGUGGGGAAUGUGCUCACUGCAAAUCAGAAGAGAGCAACAUGUGUGAUCUCCUUAGGAUCAACACAGACAGGGGAGUGAUGCUUGCUGAUGGGAAAUCAAGGUUCUCCAUUAAGGGGCAACCCAUCUACCACUUUGUGGGUACCUCCACUUUCAGUGAGUACACAGUUGUGCACGUGGGUUGUCUUGCUAAAGUUAACCCAGAGGCACCUCUUGACAAGAUUUGUGUCCUUAGCUGUGGAAUUUCAACAGGAUUUGGUGCUACUGUUAAUGUUGCUAAACCAAAAAGAGGUCAAUCCGUAGCUGUUUUCGGAUUGGGUGCUGUGGGCCUUGCUGCUUGUGAAGGUGCAAGAGUUUCAGGUGCGUCAAGGAUCAUUGGGAUUGAUCUGAACCCCAACAGGUUCGAAGAAGCAAAGAAAUUUGGUUGCACAGAGUUUUUGAACCCCAAGGACUAUGACAGACCUAUUCAACAGGUGAUUGCUGAGUUGACAAAUGGAGGUGUCGACAGGAGUGUCGAGUGUACAGGACACAUUGAUGCGAUGAUAUCAGCUUUUGAAUGUGUCCAUGAUGGAUGGGGCGUGGCUGUCCUGGUUGGUGUCCCUCACAAAGAUGCAGUGUUCAAGACACACCCCAUGAACUUCUUGAACGAGAAAACUCUGAAAGGAACAUUCUACGGAAACUACAAGCCUCGCAGCGACAUUCCCGGGGUUGUGGAAUUAUACAUGAAGAAGGAGCUCGAGUUGGACAAAUUCUGCACUCACCGCGUUUCAUUCAAGGACAUCAACAAGGCCUUUGAUUUGAUGCUCAGCGGUCAAGGCAUUCGCUGCAUCAUCAGCAUGGAGGAUUAGGCACGGAGGAUGAGGAACCCGUGCUGCGAAACUUACAGAUAAUAAAGUAGGAGAUGCUGUUGUGUUGCUUCAUUGCUGCUUCUCGGAAGAGUCAAGCGAUUUUUUCUUUUGCAGGGAGUCCAAAUUGUUGAGUUAUUUUGGUUGUUUUGUGUCAAAGCCGCCGUCUCUUCUAUGCUGUAUGGAUUCUGGUUGUAUACUUGGAAGUUCCCUUCAUACUACUCCCUUAUUAAUCUUUGUUUAUCUA